AUGAACCCCGACUUAGGAACACCCCUCAAGUUCACGCAUGGAAUAGAAAAUGGGGCCAUUGAAAUGGGAAACCCCAACCUCACAGUCAGUAGAAUAAAAAAUCAUAUAAAGAGGUAUCUCGAAUUAGAUAAAAAAUUUUAUGAACUGUUCAUAAGGGUGUUGGAAAUGUCAGAAAAUCUACUGAACCAUUUUAAGGUAAAUUUUAGGGAAGUGAAAAAAGAUGUGACAUAUUAUUUAUUGAAUGACGAAGAAUUUUUAAAAAAAAAAAAGGACGAAAACGGUGUACAGGAAAAACUAAAUGCUGUUGAGGAAAUGAUAAGAGAGUUGUCCACAGUGGUGCUGCACGUUGGCCAGAAUUGCAAGCAGCUGAGGGAAUUGUUUUUGUAUCUGUACAUGUGCAUAUUUGAGUCUCCCUCUGAUGAGGUGCCUAUGGGGGGGUCCCUCAGUGCUCACGGCGUUAGCCGCACAAAUGGCAUGACGGAGCCACACACAGUUGCAAGCCUGUUAUCACAGAACAAAAUAAGUGAACACGAGUUUGAGGUGGCCCGGACAAAGGGCACAUUCGUAUCUGAUUUUUACAGUAGCGGGGAGAUUAAGAAAAUGGUAAAGAGGUGCCUCAUUUUGUGUUCCCAACCCGUGGUGUCUUCUCACCACUUAACAAAACAAAUAAAAAUAUUUUUCUUAUUGACAGCUGUAAUGUUUUACAUGGAGAAGGACAUAAAAGUGAGAAUUAAAAUUUGUAAUUUAAUCUCAAGUGAAAUUCAUACAAACAUUUUAAAUAUAAAAAAAUGUUCUAUGAUUCUUAUGUACAAUCCAUAUUUAAAUAAAAUAAAGCGGCUAUCAAAUAUGUUUUAA